GCUGUGUCAUGCAAACGCUUCUCGUCCUUGGCACACGCGAUCUGCUGCUACUUUCUCUCCUUUUUCUACGUGUGCCUCGACCACCUAGCCUCGGCUGUGUCGACAACCAACCACAACACCUGACGAACCCACCCGGUCCGCAACGCGAAAGAACACAGCAAAGCAAUCUUAACCACAGCCAUGAAGGUUGCGUGCUGCGUGUUGGUGUGGGCUUGCGCCUUGGCGGCGAGGGUGGCGGAGGCGUUCGUGCCGGCGCUCGCGGGCCGUGCCGGGAUCAUGUCGGCGGCAGGCCGCCAAGCAUCCAUGUCGCCUGCGGCUGCAGGGAGGCGAAACGCCUUUUCGCACACGUCCUACGGCUCGCCGGCACAGACCCCGUCUUCGAGGUGGCUCAGCGGCCGACCCUCCUCCGGGGCUAGCACAACAACCAUGGGCCUCUUCGGCCUCGGCGCUCCAGAGAUCGCUGUGUGCAUUGCCGUCGCCGCGCUCAUCCUCGGUCCCGAUAAGAUGGCCGGCUUCGCGAAGGACAUGGGGAAGAUGGCGGGGGAGCUGAAGGACGUGCCAAAGGAGUUCCAGGCGGGUGUCCAGGAAGGCGAGGCGAAGACUCAAAAGACCAUCAGGGAGAUCGAAAGCAACGGAUUGGCCGUGGAUGCCGAGCCAGCCACCAAGAAGGAAGAGGAGGCCUGAUGCCUGAUUGGCUGAUCCCUUGCUUUUGAAUUCACGCGUUUUUUUCCGGCGGUUAUUUGUCUGUUCCUCUGUUCUUAGACUGAUAUCGUCGAAAGUUUUCUAAUUACAGGGCGGGUGGACGCACGGCGGCGCUUUCCAUGAAUAAGGUAUGGUUAAGUGUAUCGCGUACGCGUUUAUAUUUGUCUGUCCUGCCUCUCGUUUUCUGGUUUGCCAUAGAUAAAAAGCUGAAACCGACGAGUAGAGUCUAUUAGCGGUGCGGCUUGUGGGUUGAUGGCACGAGCUGCGCGGCCGAAACUAACAAACGGAGGAGAUUUGAGUUGCAAGACACGUAUCGCCGGGCAACCGCGUCGUUUGUGAUUGGCGAAUUCCUGUGAUUAUUUUGUACCUUCUCGCAUGUGUGUGACCCCGGCUGUUGCGUCAAGCAUAGAAUAGCGGUUGGUCCUUGUAUUUAGCCGCGGGGUGCCACGGGGUUUGGCGGGCUUCUUACUACUGUAGGCACUACUUAAAAGUAUGAGUCACCCACUUGACACAAUAUCCCAUCUGUGUCACGCGAUUCCAAUGGCCUUUUAAGGGCAAGUGGCGGUUGGCCUUACAUCUGCGGCCUUUUUCAGCAGGGAAACACUGCAGCAGUGCUGUGUACAGAAGGUAGAUAGGUGUAGACCGGCACCAGAGUCGAUGGGGAGGCGAGACACCACACGCAAGACACGUUCGUCCAAGUAGUAAUACCAAGAAGCGCGAAGAGAGGGAAGCAUGGCGCCAAGCAGAACACUUUGGGGAGACAAACAAAAAAGCGCGUUGUGAACUUCGUUUUCAGACCUGUAGACUGGGGAUGAACGCCGUAAGCGCCAACGUCAGCAUCGCUUCUCCACUGAAAGGAGGUUCAUCUACGGUAUUCCCCAAUCAAUUUGCUGCCCUUUACGCUUGCGCUUGUUUGGCGUGGCCUUCUUGCAUACAUACCCGAAUGACAAUCACUCCCUUCGACG